CUUUGUACUCCUGCAGCUCAGAGAAGCACUUGACAUCUGAUAGAGGAUUGCAGGAACACACUUGUGUCUGAAACAGAUCCUCAGUGCAGCCUCUCUGGCGAUGGCUUAGAGCUCACAGCGCCUUAAUCAAACCAGUACAUGUGAGGCAGAUGGGCUGGUAACAACAGCCUGCUCUCAGCUGACGAGGAAGGGUAUGUGUGAUUUUUCCUUUCUUUUGCUGUCUUUUCAACACGCCACAGUCACGUGAGCGAAGUGCUGACUACCACAGUGCUCUGUCACUGCAGGCCAGCCACUCAACUUCCUCCUAUCUUUCAACAAACUAAUUGUCAUUUAGUCAGCAGGACCUUUACUCUGUUUGGCACUCGAGAGCACAGAGAGGUAGCCAAAGAGCUGUGAUGGAUGAGAUAUCCCCUACAUUGAUCUAACAGCAACUGCAAGCGAGACGAGCGAACAAAGCACAAUCAGACCACUGUAACAAACAACAGAAGACAAGAACGACCACCGCGUAACAGGCUGACAGACAGAUUGACACUUUGACCAGCCAGGGCUUCAGAUAAAUGGCUGACAAGCAGAUCAGUUUGCCUGCCAAAUUGAUCAAUGGGGGGAUCGCUGGCCUAAUUGGAGUGACCUGUGUGUUUCCCAUUGACCUGGCCAAGACUCGCUUGCAAAACCAGCAAAAUGGAUCUCGCCUUUACACCAGCAUGUCAGAUUGCCUUAUUAAGACCAUCCGGUCAGAGGGGUAUUUUGGGAUGUACCGAGGAGCGGCGGUGAACUUAACACUAGUCACACCAGAGAAAGCCAUCAAAUUGGCUGCCAACGACUUCUUCAGGCAUCACCUCUCCAAGGAUGGAAAACUUACUCUGUUCAAAGAGAUGCUGGCUGGGUGCGGGGCAGGUACAUGCCAGGUUAUUGUCACAACUCCUAUGGAGAUGCUGAAAAUCCAGCUCCAAGAUGCUGGACGACUUGCGGCUCAGAGGAAGCUGAUGCCAGAGACGGUGGCAGCAGGUACUGUGGAGACCAAGUCCCCAACAGCCAUGCAGCUCACCAGAGAAUUAUUUAGGGAAAAGGGCAUUGCUGGGCUGUACAAGGGCCUUGGUGCCACAUUGCUCAGGGAUGUUCCAUUCUCCAUCAUCUAUUUCCCCCUAUUUGCCAACCUCAACAACCUGGGCAAAAGAGACAUAGAUGGGCCUGCUCCGUUCUACGUGUCGUUCAUAUCAGGCUGCGUCGCCGGGAGCACAGCGGCUGUCGCUGUCAACCCCGUCGAUGUGAUAAAGACUAGACUGCAGUCGCUGACCCGGGGAAGCACAGAAGACACGUACAGCGGAGUGACUGACUGCAUCAGGAAAAUCAUGCGUAAUGAGGGUCCAUCCGCCUUCCUGAAGGGAGCCUACUGUCGAGCCCUGGUCAUUGCACCUCUGUUCGGCAUCGCCCAGGUGGUCUACUUCCUGGGCGUUGGUGAAUUUAUCCUCAGCUUCUUGCCUAAAAGAGACAACUAAGAAGCACCUCCUUUCUGCCUUUCCCUCCCAUUACGCAUCACACCAACUGCGUGGGGAUUCAUCUCAUUCUGAUGGGUCACAGCAUGACCGAUCAGUACAUGUUGUUUUAAAUUUCUUGUGUUGAAUGUUGAAGUAGUUUAGGAGGGAGCCUUUUUCCUUUGCCAAGCUGCCUGUGGUGGCACACACAAAUCCAGUAGGCACGCUGAGCUAGCUCUCUGGAAAUGAAGCCACAAAUAUCAGUUGAAGUUUUAAAUGAACGUUGCUUUUUAAUUACAGCAUUUUAUUGCAUUGUUUUAAAUAAGAUUGUCAAAUCCUCAGAGUAGAUGUACUGCCCUUGGUUGCUGCAGUUCUGCACGCCCUACACUACCUAGCGUUAGUCUCUGAGUGACAGAUCUAUUGAAAAUGAGACACCAUAACUAGCUAAAUUAAAUGCACCUACUUUACUUAUAAAGAUAUGAGACCAUUAGAUGAAUAGAGCAUUGACUAAAAAAUGCUAAUCAAAGAAUUCCCUCAGACCUUAUGUCUUAAAAGAUAGUAUAUUUAGAAUCAGAGAAACAAUAUGCCUCUGUUUCAGACAAAGACACAGGGAAUGUGUUGAUGUGUUAGCAGCACACCCCCUAUGAUCUUUCCUGAGAAGCCACAUCCCUUCCUGUAAGAGGUUGUAAUGAACUCAGCCAUUCAGCUCCGAGCAGACUUUGAUUGCCUUGGCUUUAAGUAGAUCAGGUUCCAGCUGAUAUUCAGUGUUACCACAAUGUUUUGCCUCCAUGAAAAAGAUAUCUCAUGAGACGGCGUACCACAUUUGGGUAUUAUGCACUACCAAACUACACUAACACGUUCUUUUAAACUGCCUCUGUGCUUCUUUCUGUGGGUAGAAACUAUCAAGCAUGUUGUACUUGUGGUCACGCCCCCAAUCAGUGAUAUCACAGCAGGGGUUUUGCCUCGGAGGAAUGAUGGAAAACACCUGCUGUGACAUCACUGAUUGGAUUGUGGCCAAAAGUGCUGCACGCUUUAAAACAUUUCAGCCCACAGAGAGCAGAGCAGCGGUGCUUUCCUGCCCCGUGUGAUUCAUUGUGGGCUCAGAUGAAAGCUGCGAACAUCAAAUGGGUUGAAAGUAAUUUUAAUAGAAGGGCAGAUUAUCAGUAGAUAUUUUGUAAUUACGCAGACAAAUGGUCAGACAUCACAUGCCGAGGCCUCCUGAGUGCACUCAUCUGUUGUGGAGCCAGUGAGACCUCGGCUAGAGUAGCUCAACCCCAGUAGAUCCAGACAUAAUUAUUAUUGUUUACAGAUGAGUUCGCACUCAGUUUUAAAUUCUUUGUCCAAACUUGAAUUCAGUGGCAGGACCCAAAGAGCUAAUGAUAAACAUUUCUUUAUCAGAAACCAAUUUGUUUUCAGUGUUCUAUGAUUUUUACCAAACUCAUCUCAUUUGCUUUAGAGGUUUCGUUUGCUUUAAGCUGCUCGGGAAAAAGCAGCCCCGCCGUAUCUCGUUUAUGCAUCACACAACACUGAAGCCCUGCCAUUGGUUUAUCUCGCCGGAGAUCAAGGUGACUUUGACGUGUAUUAUCCAAUCACAUUCCUCCCUCGCUCCCACCGUUCAAGCAGCUCGUCAGUUGUGCUGUUGCACUGUAGAUACGCGAUGCAACUUUUCAGUGUGUGUUAUCAUUUGUGGGAGUGAGGUCUAUUUAUCAAUAUUCCUUUCUAUCGGCAGUAUAGCACUAUAUAUUUGUAUGUGUUGUUUUUUCUGUGUCAAAGUGUCCACCUUAACUAUAUUGUACAGAAGCAGAUGAUAUGAACUUUAUGUUUUAGGAUUUAUUGUUUGUUUUGUACAUGAUGGCUUAUUUGCACACCUACCUCUCCAGCCCCCCCCCCCACCCCUCAAUCCAUAUUGUGAUUUUUAUGUUAUGAUGGUGUGGACAUAUCAAAUGAAGGAACGUGUUUUAAUGCAUCAUUUCAACUUAAAUGCAGCAUAUUGAUGAGGGUUUUUUACUGUAUGCAUAGAGGAACACUGGUGUAGAUCUAGGAUGGCUUUUCGGGAGGUGCCGUUAAGUUGGAUUGGCCUAUUGUCCUGUUUCCUACAGUUUUAUCAACUAGGACCAAACGCAGACAUGUCUUUAGUUUUACGUGAAUGACCUCUGGCACUACUUAAACAGUUCUGGAAGUGAAAUACAGCCUGGACGAGGCCGAUAGGGACCUGCUGACAUCAGACUGUAAAUCUGACAUCUGUCCUUUUGAAUGGUGCUUCUUUCAUGAGGUAGCUGCAAUAUGACAUCGAUGGCACUAACGACCAAGGCUGUGCCGACUGAAUCACAUGCUAGCAAGCAAAUCUCAGCGUUAUCAAUGUCUUAACUGAAAGCCAUAGGUCAGGGAGGGACAACAGAGCUGCUAGACAUGGACUGGCACCUCCAGCCAUGUUGUCAGAUGACAGCUGAGCCACAAGGGAACGGCGAAAAAAAAAAAAAAGACCCGUCGACUCGUGUGAGCUUGUCUUUAUGAAUUACUGUCGUAGUUUUCCAACAUUCCGAUUGCCAGUUCAUCUCAUUUAUGCUGUUAAUGUGAUUAUAAUGCCUAUUUUUGUGUUGUUGAGAUUAUUGUUAUGAUUUUUGAGCCUCCCCUCCCCCACCCUCACACCUCCCUUGUUUUAAGAUUUUUUUUU